UCCUCCCUGACAAUAGCUAUCGCUACAGCAAGCAUCUUCCCGACAGGCCUGCUCUACAACAUCUUCAAUCUAUCAAUCAGCAAGGAUAGCAGACAUCGCAUGCAUGCUCAACUGCAACAGAUUUCAUUUGUAACGGUUCAUAACGACAGUCGCCCGGCGCGACAGCCUUCAUCAUGACCGUCAAACAAGCUCUCAUCGCUGGUCUACAGCUUGCGCAGCUCGCAGCGGCUGCGCCGUCUGUAUUUUUCCCAUUCAACGCUCAACUUCCUCCCGCUGCGCGAAUCGACACCUUCUUCUCUUAUACUCUCUCUCCUCACACAUUCGACGCGGCUGGCCCUGUAACUUUAUCUUUUGGUGAUAACCAUCCAUCUUGGCUGUCUAUCGAAAGCGACGAACGCCGUAUAUUCGGUACCCCCAAGGAUAGCGAUUUUGCUUCAGGCGAUAUCGUUGGCCAGCAAGUGGACAUUAUCGCUACCGACCAAAACGGUUCGGUGGCUAUGAAUGCUACAGUUGUAAUUUCUCGAGAGAAAGCUCCUACCAUUCAAAUCCCACUAAGCAAGCAGAUUCAAGGCUUUGGCAACUAUUCCGCCCCCUCCAACAUCCUUGCAUACCCAUCGACGGAUUUCAGCUAUUCCUUCGAUAGACAAACUUGGGAACACCAAGAAAAACUCAACUAUUAUGCAGUCUCUUCAAAUAACAGCCCGCUACCAGCCUGGGUAAAGUUUGAUAUUGCGACAUUGACCUUUUCCGGCAAAACACCACCAUUUGAGAGCCUUGUUCAACCACCAGAAACAUUUGGACUCAAAUUGGUAGCAUCCGAUAUUGUAGGAUUUGCUGGCUCUAACAUUGAGUUUGCCAUUGUAGUUGGCGCUCAUAAGCUUGCCACGACAAACCCAAUCAUUACUUUAAACGCGACCCGCGGGUCUACAGUCACAUACGAUGGACUGGAAAACGGGGUCACUUUGGAUUCCAAGCCGGUUCAGCCUGGAGAUCUCCGAGCGACUACCAAGGAUAUGCCCGAGUGGAUGACCUUUGACAGCGCUACCGGUAGACUCCAUGGUACUCCUGACAACAACGCCCACUCGACCAACUUUACUAUUACCUUCUCCGACAACCAUCUCGACUCAUUGGACGUCAUUGUUGUUCUCAACGUUGCAACUGGCCUCUUCAAGACUACCUUUACGGACAUGCAGGUUCGACCUGGAUCCAAAUUCGAUGUCGAUGUCGCCAAGUUUUUGAAGAAUCCCGAUGAUAUUACCAUUGACGUCUCGACGGAGCCAACGGAAAACUGGCUCAAGGUGGAUGGCUUCAAGCUUUCUGGAACUACACCAAAGUCUGGAAAGGGAUCAUUUGAUAUUACCGUCAAGGCAACAUCUAAGUCUACAAAGCUCACUGAGACUGAAAAGCUGCAUGCUGCCUUCCUCGCGGAGGAUGGCACACCAACCUCGAGCGGCAGCUCUUCCCCCACCGGAUCAUCUGGUGAUCCCACCAGCGAAGUUGGAUCUGAUGGCUCAAACAAUGGUGGAGGCCGCCUUACAACUGGCGAUAUUCUUCUUGCCACCAUCAUACCCAUCUUGUUCAUCGCUCUUGUGGUGUUACUUAUGGUUUGCUUCCUUCGACGACGCCGAGCUAGACGUACCAGCGACAACAGUGUCUACCAUAAGAAGGUCUCCAGCCCUGUCCCUGGGAGCUUCCGUGUUGAGAAGUCCGCUGCCAGCAUUGAGGAAGCCGAACGGGCUUUGGUGGAUGAGAAGAAGACUGGCCCCGUCGUUUAUACCAACGUUGCACCCGUAUCGCCGGUAUCUACUGCUCGCCCCCGAUCUUCAGCCACCCUGGGAAACGCAUCUAUCGAGCAUGAUUACAUCCACGACAAUGUAUCCCCUACUAUCAGGGGUCUAAGUCGCCAAGAGAGCAACAACAACAGGCAGUCGUGGGAGACAGUCGAAGGGGACAUCCCAGUUAUGAGUGGAGGCAAGUCUAUGGACUAUGAAGUCACAGAGGGAGUUGUCCCAAUGGUCCCUCCUUCAAUGCCUUCAGCCUCUCCUCGUCGUGCCAAUAACUACACACCACCCAAGCUCAGAGACUACCCUCAGCUCCAGCCUCCUACCAUGGCUGCUUUCAAACAACCUCCAACACACAGUUACAAGAGCGUCGAUGUAUAUUCUAGUAUAACGACAAGCUCUGCAGCGUUGCCUGCCAAUCUGUCAACAUACACAAGCCCUGUAAAGACUAUUGGAUCUACACUGGCAGAGUCACACGCCUCAGGACCUAACUGGGAAGCAUUGUCGACUUCAAGCAGUGCCGAAAGCCGUCUGGGAGAGCUCCAGCGCCCUCAGAUGGCUGUACUGCCUGCCAAGACAACAGGAGAUCUGCGAACAUGGAAUUCCGGGCUACAAUCUAUCGAAAGCAGAAGCAUCGUUGCCGACGCGUCGUUUGGAUCUUCAGAAAACUGGCGGGUAAUUGGCAAACGUGACAACACUGGCCUCUCCUACGACGAACUUGUGGAAGAUUCACCCUACCACCCUGCUCGUCCCAGUACUGCGAAUCCCGACCGAUCAUCGAGCCCUGACUUGUUGUCUCCUAGCAAAUGGGGCACCACACCUCGUCGUAUUGACGACAUGCCCGGAAAGAUGGGCAUUCCCCAAUCCAUCUCAGCGUUAUCGCGAGAGUGGAGGAGGGAAGAUUCCGGAAAGCUUUCCGAUGGGAGCUUCAAAGUCUUCUUGUAAUUAAGAAGCUGCAGCAUGGCGUUUUGAUACUUUUUCCUUUUUCACGUUUUAUGAUACCACCCACGAAACAUGCCUGCUAUGUUAUUUAUGUGUAUUUUUACGAACUGGCAUUAUGACUCUGUUUUAUUAUCAACACGUUUAUGAAGAUCUCGGCAACGAGCACAACUCUAUUAGAUAGCUUUAAUACUUAAAAAAGUACUAAUGAUUUCACAACCAUUUUA